GGAAGUAACUACCAAAUAAUGAUUUUUGGUUUCCUCCUUAGUUUGUUAUCUUUGAGAUAAGAAGGGUUGGGUAUGCUACUAAAGAACCACUGCCUCUGCUAAAGGGCAGCAUCUUAUUUGUUGUUGCAUACAGUUAAAAAGAGAACAUGAAGAGCUCAAAAAUGUUUAAUCCCACUUUAUAAAGGGAUGGAAACAACCUCUACCGAGCAACAGGAUGAUGCUAGUAGAUUUUGGCGGGAAGAAAAGGAAACCGGAGCCGUCUACAAUGCCUUCCUGAAGAAAGUGACCUACUUGUCCCAGACUCGGCUGGAAGACGAAAAUGAGAAGAACUCGGAGUUCUCUCACCUCAUGUGGGAGACACACAAGGUCAGGGUCAUCAAGGCGGGGACGUUGGAAAAGCUUGUGGAAAGUCUGACCAACACACGGGGCGAGAUGGACUCCAGCCAUGUAAACAUUUUCUUAGCUACCUAUCGGACUUUCGCAACACCUCAGCAAGUGCUGGAGACAUUGAUCGAGAGAUAUGUACAGUUACGAUCACAAACAAAAGAAGAAAAAACAGAAUUUCACGAGCAGCAGCUGAGGUCCUUAAAAUCUGUGAUAUUUGUAUGGCUGGAUUCCUACCCGGAGGACUUUCAUGUGGGCCCAGAGUACACCUGCCUCCACAGGCUGGAGCAAUUUGCUCAUGACUACGCUCCCGGGAGUGGGAUCGGCCGCAAGGUCAAGGAAGUGUUGGCAGGAUUUCGACAACAAGAUGUUGAGCUUGCAGCCAAGCAGCUGGAGUACUCCUUUUCCCUCUCAGAAGGCAACGGUCACCCAGUAGACACGGACAGCAGUAAGUCUCUUGCCUUGUUGGAAAUCUCCUGUCGGAAAAUAGCUGAGCAGCUCACCUGUAGGGAUGCGGGCCUGUUUCUUCGGGUAAUCCCUCACCACUGCCUUGGCGCGGUGUGGUCACGGCGUGACAAGCAAGGCACGGCCACAGAUGCCCCCAGCAUCCAGGCCACCAUCCAGCAGUUCAACAAUGUCUCCCUGCGCGUCAUCGCCACCUUGCUCAAGACCAGAGAGCUCAAGAGCUCCCAGAGGGCCAAAGUGCUGCAGAAGUGGAUCACCAUUGCUCAGGACCUACGAGAGCUCAAGAACUUUUCCUCUCUGAAAGCAAUCAUCACCGGCCUUCAGUCGCAUGCUGUGUACAGACUAAGAAAGACGUGGUCAGCUCUCUCCAAGGACUCCAUGGUACUGUUCGAAGAGCUCAGUGAAAUUUUCUCCGUUGAGAACAACCAGCUGAAUUCGAGGGAGCUUUUGAUGAAGGAGGCAACUGCGAAAUUCCCAGAUUUGGACUCCCAGAGCAAGUCCCUGAAAAGGAAAAAUCUUCAGAAGAGGCGUUCUUGGAUCGAUAAUGGUAUAGUUCAAGGCACAGUGCCUUAUUUGGGCACGUUCCUCACAGACCUGACCAUGAUUGACUCGGCGUGCCCGGACACGACAGAGGAGGGCCUCAUCAACUUUGAGAAGCGACGGAAAGAGUUUGAGGUCAUCGCACAGAUCAAGUUGCUUCAGGUGGCAGCUUCUAUUUAUAACAUCUCGGAGGAUGAGCGCUUUUGGAGGUGGUUCAACUCCAUCAGGACGUAUUCUGAUACCGAAAGUCAUGAGCUCUCCUGUUCACUGGAGCCGCCUUCUGAGAGUUCGGCCAAGAUCAAGAAAAAGUCUGCAAGCCUCAAUGGACCGCCCUUUCGCCGGAGAGUCUCGGCAGCUAAGUUGUAUGCAUGUUUUGCCUGUAAGUCCAGGUUCUCAGAACCGAACAUUUCUCGUAGCCCGAAGAGCCCAGCUGCACCGCCCUACGAGCCUCCCCCUGCGGAGUGCCUGGGGAACAAGCCUUCCAAGAUCGACAAUUCCAAACUGGGGCUGUUCUCGUGUGGCUCGGAGGACAGGAACAGUAUCGCCAGCAUCCCGGACACCAUUGCCGCCUCUAUAGGACCUCUGCUGUCCCACUCAUCAUCAACGUCAUCUGUGAUAUCCUCGGACAGCGACACCCCCUCAACACACACGCCCUUCAAGUCAUCCGAUUCCUAUGUCAUCAAAGUUUCCAUGGAGACGGGCCAGAAUGACACGACUCAUGUGUACAAAAGCAUUAUGCUGAUGAACAGUGACCACACGCAGGUGGUGAUUGAGAAGAUCCUGGAGAAGUAUGGGGUGGAUGGCCGGCCCGACCAAUUCUGUCUGCUUCAGCUCUUGCCCGACGGAGAGCUUCUGAUCCCCGAGCGCGCCAAUGUCUUCUACGCUCUCAACAACUCUGUGGACUUGAAAUUUAUCCUGCGGUCUCGGCGAGAUUAUGACCAGGGCAAGGACAAGCGAAAGACGGGACGGCGGUCGGGGAAGAAGUCCAGCGUGUGACAACCCAUUCAUGAUGCCCCUCCUCCACCCCCCCACCCCCUGUUGUGAUUCAGUUUAGAGGAAGAGGAAAGCAUUAUGAUUAUUCCCCGUGAUGUUGUGUGUCGCUGUAUCACUUUCUCUCUGUCUCUACAAGUGGUUCUUUCAUGCACUUCACGCCUCGGUUUUCCCUGAACGGGAUUAAGAGGUUAUAAAUAGCGGAUGUAAAAAUGUGUUGGCAAUCAGGUGCUGAGGGGAAAUGUGACCCGACCCUCCGCUGUUUUGUUUUCAGAAUCGCGAAGGCAGACAGAAGGUGCCUGAGGGGGAAAGCAUUGCUCAUCAAAGAUUGAUUACUAUAAGGAUUACUUAAACUGCUCAAUGCAGUUCCAGGCUUAAGCUUGUACACUGAUAAGAAUAUAUCUCUGGCUUCCAUGGGAUCGCUCUGAACAGUUUGUGCAAGUGUAUGACAAUGGCUGCCUUCUCAUUUUCUGUCUGUAUAUGUGUGUUUGGCUGUGGGGGAGUUAAGUACCAGCAAAAUAGACUGUGUUAAAGUCAUAGCCGUUUCUAUAAAAAGCAUCACAUGUGUGUGUGUUUGUGUGUGUGGAGAGAGAGAGAGAGAGAGAGAAAGAGAGAGCAGCAAGGAAAAGAAUUUGUUGAUGGUCAAAAAACGCAAUGGGUGUUGGGUACCACUCUGUGUUCCUCUUUAUUGUUGUAAAUGGCUAUAAAUGUUGUAGAGAAGAUGCCGACGCCAAAAAAAACCAAACUAUGAAAGUUGGUCUUCCUAGAACAUACCCGUUGGCCAGUGACAACAACUCUAGUCCAUUUUCUGUUGUUGUUGUUGUUGGAUGUCUAUUGAAUUUAUACUGCAUUACUUUCUACUCGGAUCGCUCUUCAGCGUAGUUCACCUGUUCGGAGAGUUGGCGCCUUUUAAAAAAAUAUAAUGUACAAUAUAUUUGAUUGAUUUUGCAUAGAACAAGGCUGAGUAAGAGCUGUACAAUGCCAUUGUAAAUUCUAGAAAGUGUGAUUUUUGUGAAAUUUGACUUUAGUCUUGAUAUUUACUUACUUAGUUCCACUGUCUUUAUUUUUUUAAAAUAUGUGUAAAACUCGUUAUUUGUCUUUCUUUUUUUUUUUACCAAUGCGGAAAAAGCAAGUUAGUUUAUUUUUUUAUACUCUACUGUUAUGUUAUGGGGGGAAAGAGGUCAGUUUUUCAAAUUCACAACAAAGGUGCUUAGUUGGUUAUUAUCAGUUUGUCACUUUGUAGUUUCACUUUAUAUAAAUUAUGCCAGGGAUCACUGCAAUAGCUUUGUGCUGACAUGUUUGAUUUUGCCCAUGCUAUAUUUUGUUGAAAUUACGUAGAUUCUUUUUUUGAAAAAAAA